UAUCUUGGCAUUCGUUUGUAUUCGUAACUUAGCAUCGAUCCCUUUUCUUUCUCUUAAAUUGUUAUAUAUCUAACUUUUUUCCUAAAAGAAGCUUAAAUAAUCCAAGCAUGGCCUCAAGUUCUAUGAGCUCGUCUUGGACGUCUAAACAAAACAAGAUGUUCGAGAGGGCUUUAGCCGUUUAUGAUAAAGACACUCCAGACCGUUGGCAAAACGUGGCCAAAGCCGUCGGGAAUAAAUCGGCAGAAGAAGUAAAACGUCACUACGACAUUCUCGUUGAAGAUCUCAUGAACAUCGAGCAAGACUUAGUCCCUUUGCCUAAAUACAAGACCGUCGAUGUUGGAAGUAAAUCAAGAGGCAUUAAUGAUUACGAUUUGAGGUUAAUGAAGAAUAUGAGGAUCCAGUGAAGUAAUUACAUUGAAGCAAUAUUGCUAUAAAAGAUUCAGAGGGAUAUAUUUUCUUCUCGCACACUGAUGAUCAUUGAUCAGUACCUAUAUUUUCAUUGUGCCACUUCACUACUUAUUUAAUCUUGUUUUCUCAUCAAAUGAGCCAAAUCGUGUUGCUGUUGUGGUUUUUGUUUCUAGUUAUUGAUUAUUAUAUAUUUUUGCCAGUCUUUUGUGUUUGAUUUUCGAUGGUUUUACUUUUAGCUAUCAAUAUAAACGGGCUUAUUACAAUACAUCGAGAGGUGGUCUCUAGUUUUUCACGUAAUAAAACAUGCAGUGUACUAAAAAGUGAGAAACUGUUGAG